AUGGACCAGGGGAAGAAGUCAUCCACCGAGCUGCUGACGGCUCCGGGGCCGGAGGACCAGGACGCAGGAGCAGGGCGGGAGAAGCUGGAGGAGGAUAGAGGUCAAAGGGAGGAGCAGGAGGAGCAGGAGGAGGAGGAGAUCUCUGAUGAGGACUACGACACCGACUUGGAGCUGGACGACCAGGAGGAGGCGUACGACCCGGUGGGUCAAGCCUGUUACCUGGAGGCGUGCCGGGCGCUGCAGGUGGCUCCCGCCUCUUACUUCAUGCGGCACAUGCAAAGCAGCGAGCUGUCCAUGAUGCACCGCGGGCUGGGCCCUCAGGGCACCAGAGCUGUGGCCGUUGCCCUGGUAACCAACACCUCGGUGCUCCAGCUGAACCUGCAGGGUAACUGGAUGGAAGGAGCAGGAGGAGGUGCUGUAGCCCAGAUGCUAACGGAGAACUGUUACAUCACAGAAGUCGACCUGUCCCACAACCGUCUGGGGGACCUCGGGGCCGGAGCCGUGGCCGCCAUGCUGAGGGGGAACGGUACCCUGCGGAGCCUCAACCUGUCGGGGAACCGGCUCACGGCCCGGUCCGUGGAGCAGCUGGGCCUGGCGCUGGUCCACAACUCCAAGCUGCAGCACCUGGACCUGAGCCACAACGCUCUGGGAGAGGAGGCAGGCCGACACCUGGGAGACGCUGUGUCUGAGAACACGGGCCUGAGGUCGCUCAGCCUGGCCUGGAACGCCAUCCGAGGGGCCGGAGCUGUGAUGUUACAACGCGGCCAACCUCGGGAGGAGGCGUACGACCCGGUGGGUCAAGCCUGUUACCUGGAGGCGUGCCGGGCGCUGCAGGUGGCUCCCGCCUCUUACUUCAUGCGGCACAUGCAAAGCAGCGAGCUGUCCAUGAUGCACCGCGGGCUGGGCCCUCAGGGCACCAGAGCUGUGGCCGUUGCCCUGGUAACCAACACCUCGGUGCUCCAGCUGAACCUGCAGGGUAACUGGAUGGAAGGAGCAGGAGGAGGUGCUGUAGCCCAGAUGCUAACGGAGAACUGUUACAUCACAGAAGUCGACCUGUCCCACAACCGUCUGGGGGACCUCGGGGCCGGAGCCGUGGCCGCCAUGCUGAGGGGGAACGGUACCCUGCAGAGCCUCAACCUGUCGGGGAACCGGCUCACGGCCCGGUCCGUGGAGCAGCUGGGCCUGGCGCUGGUCCACAACUCCAAGCUGCAGCACCUGGACCUGAGCCACAACGCUCUGGGAGAGGAGGCAGGCCGACACCUGGGAGACGCUGUGUCUGAGAACACGGGCCUGAGGUCGCUCAGCCUGGCCUGGAACGCCAUCCGAGGGGCCGGAGCUGUGAUGCUGGCCAACGGCCUCGGGGGAAACAUUUCCCUCCGAGCGGUGGACCUGACGUUCAACGGCUUUGGUGGAGAAGGAGCCGUCGCUCUAGGACGAGCCCUGAAGGAGAACGCCUCCCUGGAGGAGCUGAACGUGAGUAACAACCGAAUCCCCCCUGAAGGAGCGCUCCACCUCGCCAUGGGCCUCAAGAGGAACAACACCAUCAAAUCCCUGAAGGUGGGGAGGAACCCCAUCCAGACUGCCGGGUGCUACGGGAUUCUCCAGGCUCUGCAGGAAAACCCACAGUCCGCCAUGGAGCAGUUAGACUUGCCGGACGUCACGGUGAACCAAGACUUUGACGAUUUGUACUCGGCGGUGAAAGAAAUGUUCCCGGCGCUUACAGUAAAUCACGGGGGCAGAACUGGUGCUUUCAAAAAGCAAAAGCUUGAAAAAGUGUGACUGUAAUUGCUGUUAGAUGCCUGGGGAGAUGGAAGGAGUCAAAACCCCGUGGACGAGUAAAGGGUGGAGGCAGGCGAGGAGAAAGGCACCAAAGCAAAAUCACGCUGAAUAAAAUACAUUCAUGGGAAUAAAAAUUGUAUAACCAAUCAAUUUAAAAUGAAGUUUAUUCAGAGAGUUUUCACCUUCCAAAUACGUGUGCUCACAGAAAAAUAAAGGUUCAAGCACCAAGCUGAUUUUAGGCCUCUGCUCCGAAAACUGAAUCCCCAACAUCCCCAAAGUCUGUAUCACUGCACCCACUAGGGCUACUUUAAUCAUUUUUACCUUUUUAAACAUGUUUUCUUUUGUUCAGAUGUGAACAUAUCAGUUUAUAUGUUACUGGGUAAGAGUAAAUGAAGAUGGCACACAGAGAAAAUAUUAAAAUGUCAGGUCCGAAUUGAAAAAAAGCACUUCCAGGAUGAUUAUAUGUUUGGAAUGAGGCAGUUGAAAGGUUUAACACUCUCACAAAUCAUAUUAAAAUAUGUUAACAUUCUCACUGCCAAGUUUGACUUCGAAAAAGUGAAGCAGAACAAAGUUAAAAGGUUUUAGUCCAGAGAAUUUAG